AUGCCCUCACUGAAGAUUCUUAUUUGCGGUGGCGGCUGCGCUGGCCCUGCGCUGGCUUACUGGCUUGCCUCCUGCGGCCAUAAAGUGACAAUCAUCGAGCGUUUCCACGUGCUCAGGGCCUCAGGCGCGCAAAUAGAUCUUCGAGCCCAGGGCAUCGAAGUCGUGAGGCGCAUGGGCCUCCUUGGGGCUGUCCGCAGCCGAUCCGUUGAUGAAAUGGGCGUCGCUUUCGUCAACUCCCAUGACAAAGUGCAAGGGACAAUCCUUGCAAACAAAUCUGGCAAAGGUGCCCAGUCCCUUACUUCUGACUACGAAAUCAUGCGUGGAGACCUGGUUCGAUUGCUAUAUGAUGCAACGAAGGAAGAUGUGGAAUAUAUGUUUGGAAAGACCGUUGAAAGUUUCGAUCAGGACGAACAUAGCGUUUUCGUUCGUUUCUCCGACGGUUCUUCUGAUACUUUUGAUUUGAUAGUUGGAGCUGAUGGCCAAGGAUCACGUAUUCGAAAAACCAUUUUGUCGUCGGGUGGUCCAGAUCCCUAUUGGAGGAUAGGUGUCAUUUUGGCAUAUUGGUUUAUUCCACGUGCGGAGACAGAUACCAACAUCAGUACUGCUUAUCACAGCUCCGGCGGCCGAGUACUAUUUCGCAGAAGCCACACUUCGACAGAGUCACAAGCCUACAUUGCACUCCGCGACAGCUCAGAGGAACUACGGAGCAUUCCUAAAGCCCCCAUCGAAAAACAGAAACAAUUUAUUGCCCAAAGGUUCCGUGAUGCAGGCUGGGAGGCUGAUAGGUUUCUCAAAGGCUUGGAGACAACACAGUCCUUUUACUGCGAGGAGGCUCUUCAAGUCCGCACGGAUACAUGGCACAAAGGUAGAGUUGUUCUGGUGGGAGAUGCCGGAUAUUGUCCAUCUCCAUUCACUGGUCUCGGGACUACCGUUGCCCUCGUUGGUGCCUACGUUUUGGCAGGGGAGAUCAGCCAACACGCUGGUAACCUGCCUCAGGCCUUUGCAAACUAUGAUAGGAAAUUGCGCCCUUUCGUCAAUUACGUUCAGGAACUGAAUCGGAGCUUUAUGCCUUAUUACCUGCCUCAUAGCCAAUGGGGUGUUAAUUUUUUCCAUUUCGUCGUGUGGUUAAUGUGCGUCCUUCGAAUCCCUGAACUCAUCACACGAUUUUCAAACCCCGAUAUUCAAGGCUGGGAUUUACCAUCCUAUCCUGAGUUAGACAGAAGAACAGAUGUAUAG